AUGGAGACGAUGAUGCAAAAGUCCUUAGAGAAUGGUGAAUUAGCAGUACAAAAAAGAGAUUUGUUAGGUCUUCUCUUGGAAUCAAAUUUAAAUGAAAUUCGAGAACAUGACAAUAAUAAAGAUGUUGGCAUAAGUUUAGAAGAUGUUGUUAAAGAAUGCAAGGUUUUCUAUCUAGCUGGCCAAGAAACCACAGCAUCAUUACUAGUUUGGACGAUGGUUCUAUUGAGUUCACACAAGGAAUGGCAAGAACGAGCUAGAGCAGAGGUCCUUCAAGUCUUUGGAAACAAAGAACCUCAUUAUGAUGGUUUGACUCACCUUAAAGUCGUAACUAUGAUUUUGAACGAGGUCCUACGGCUAUACCCACCUGCUGGUAUGCUGAAUCGUAUUUUUGAAAAAGAGAYCAGACUUGGAGAAUUAAUAAUGCCUGGGGGAGUGUUGUUGGGCAUACCAGUUAUUCUAAUCCAUCGUGAUCGUGRAAUAUGGGGGGAGGAUGCAGAUGAAUUCAACCCAGAGAGAUUCUCAGAGGGAGUUUCUAAUGCAGCAAAAGUUCAACCUGCUUUCUUCCCAUUUGGAUGGGGUCCUCGAAUAUGCAUGGGCCAAAACUUUUCUAUGAUGGAGGCAAAAAUGCUACUAUCUUUAGUUCUUCGAUCCUUCUCAUUUGAGCUUUCUCCCUCAUAUACUCAUGCUCCUAUUGCUAUUAUGACCACUCAGCCUCAACAUGGAGCUCAUAUCAUCUUUCACAAAUUGUAAUGGUAGUCACCCUACGUUUGUGUUAAAUAUGACUCGUUUUUUAAUUUUGGAAGAGAUCAAUUUAUGGGAUUGAUAUUUAAA